CGAAUUUCACAGAGGGCGUUAACGUCGUCACUGUUGCCAACGUUAUGACUGCCGAUCCUUCCCUUGACAAGUGUCGCGUUGUUCAAACUGACUUUGUUUUUUUUUGCCGUAGUUGUUCGUUUUCUCACGAUGCAAUCAACAAAAUUAUAUUGUGUCCUCUUCGUCACGUGUUGCCUAUCGUUCAGCCACGCCCUGGAAUGCUAUGUAUGCACCAAUCAAGAGGGUAACAGGGAAAAAUGUUUAAAGAGUACAAAAACCUGCGAACAAGGUCAAGAUACUUGUUUAACAGAGAUCAGAUGGGGAAGCACCCCGUAUUGGUCACAAGGAGCAAAAAAGCAGUUUUACGUUUCGAAAAGAUGUGCAACGAAAAAAGAAUGUGAAAGAAUAAAACAUUCUAACAUGGACGAUUGCACGUAUAUAUGGUAUCAAGACUGGAAAUGUUCUGACUGUUGUCAAGGGGAUAAAUGCAAUUACUAUGUUAUUUCUGCGGCAAAGAGAGUACAUGCUUAUUGGCCAGUUAUAACUGCUGCAUUAAUAUCUUUGCGUAGUUUACAGUAUAGAGUAUACUGACAAAUAUCGGCGAAAGACAUUUAUUGAUUGAUUUACAACUGGUGAUAUUUCUUUCCAUGGAAAAAAGCAGUUUUUUCAACAGAAGAUCAAUCAUAUACUAUAUGUAUUUUUAGUUUAAUUAUAUAUGCGUAAGUCAGUAAUACCGUGUAUAUGCCUAAAGGGAGCAUAUUUAGAAACAACAAAUGACGUUUCUACAUUAAAAGCAUCGUGUAAUCGCAUCGUACAAGCAACAUUCGUACGAUACAAGGUACAAUACGUGUACGACAUCCGUCCAAUCUGAAUGAUCUGUUUAAUGCCGUCCAAAUAUACUUUUUGUACAUUUUGUUAAGAAAAUUUUUUUUUAAUGAAAUGCAUUAACAAAUGUUUUAUACUUGUUGAUAAAAUGAAUAAAAUUGUAACAUGUAACAUGUUUGUUUUUAUAAUGUUCAUUACCUAUUACCCUUUAAUUUGUAAUCUGAUGAAUAUUGGCUCUGAAACUAAAAUAUGGAAAACCGAAGAAUGAUGACAAAACGAUAUCUUUUUACAACGUAUAUCAGCCGCUUAGAGGAUAUUCGGUAUCUGAUGUAGAUAAGCAAUCAAACAUAGCUGUUAGAACAACUAUUCUCACACAGGAUAAAUUCGUAGCGUUAGCAGUAUCAGGCGGUAUCGUUUAGUGAAUCGACCCUUGAAUAAACGUCUUUUUGCCUACGCUGUUGAAAUGUACGAUAUGAAGAACUGGAAAUUAGUAAACCUGUACAGAACGUUCAGUCGUAAGAAAGAGAUGAACGUUCCUCAAGACACAAGAUUGGCGAGAUGCCUGUCAACGUUGGACCUCACGGCUCUGGGAAUAGGUUCGACACUCGGCGUGGGUGUGUACGUGCUCGCAGGAUCCGUUUCGAAAACAACUGCCGGGCCAGCCGUGAUAAUUUCGUUCGCCAUUGCCGCAAUCGCAUCCAUGUUCGCAGGGCUCUGUUACGCGGAAUUUGGCGCCAGAGUACCACGUGCUGGAUCAGCGUACGUAUACAGCUACGUAACCAUGGGAGAAUUUACAGCCUUUCUGAUCGGUUGGACGCUGAUUCUCGAAUACGUGAUCGGCUCGGCUAGCGUGGUACGAGGAUUGAGCACUUACGUGGACAACUUGUUCAACAAUACUAUGCGAAACGCGUUCGAGACAGCGGCGCCUAUCGAUAUCAGUCAUCUCUCUUCUUAUCCGGACUUCUUUGCCUUUGGCAUCACUCUAAUCUUCUCCGCUGCACUGGCGUUCGGGGCGAAGGAGUCUUCGGUGGCGAAUAAUUUCUUCACAUUGGUGAACCUCUCGGUGGUCUUAUUCGUUAUAAUUGCCGGGUCUCUCAAAGCUGACAUAACCAAUUGGAAAACGAAGCCUACGUGCACUGAUGAGAAAUGUGAUUACGGAAUCGGAGGAUUCGCGCCUUAUGGUAUAGCCGGUGUCAUAACAGGAGCAGCAACGUGCUUCUACGGAUUCAUCGGUUUCGAUUGCGUCGCCACUACCGGGGAGGAAGCGAAAGAUCCGCAAAGAUCGAUCCCAAUAGCGAUCGUCGCCUCGUUGACCGUCGUCUUUCUGGCGUAUUUCGGCGUUGCUACAGUAUUAACGACCGUCCUUCCUUACUACGAGCAAGAUCCAGAAACCCCGUUUCCUCAUCUGUUCGAGAGUAUCGGUUGGAAUUGGGCGAAAUGGCUGGUAACCAUAGGUGCUAUUUGUGGUCUAUGUUCCAGUUUACUGGGCGCGAUGUUUCCCUUGCCACGAAUUAUUUACGCGAUGGCAUCCGACGGACUGAUAUUCGAGUGGAUGGGAAAAGUUAACUCACGAUUUCAUACGCCGCUCAUGGGCACCUUUUCGGCGGGAAUUCUCACGGGUGUAUUAGCUGCGAUAUUUGAUUUACCUCAACUCGUAAAUAUGAUGAGUAUUGGAACGUUGCUCGCAUAUUCGAUCGUCGCAACUUGCGUGCUGAUACUUCGGUAUGAAGAAAGUGAAGCGUAUGAAAAGAAGGGAGAUCGCGAUCCAAGAACCCUGAGGUUCAUUGCGAAACAGCUGAUUAACGCUAACGGUUUAAAUCAUUCUACGAAAUUAACGUCUCAAAUUGUUGCCUGUCUCGUCGUAUGUUACGGUGCCAUUAGUGCCAUUUUUACCCGCUUUCAGUAUUCUUAUUAAUGUAUAUCUUAUGGUGAUGUUGGAUAAAAUGACGUGGAUAAGAUUUUUAAUAUGGAUAAUAGUCGGACUUGGAAUAUACUUCUGUUACGGCGUUUGGCACAGUAAAAUGAGAAAAGGUAAAUGUACGAAAUUAUCUGAAAAUGGUUGUGAUAAUGGAGUAACAUGGGAAACCAAUAAUUUUCCCAGACUUCAAUAAUGCAUUUUACUUUCUGUAUUUUGCUUUUAUAAUAAAAAUUUUAUACAUACAACUUAAUUUGUUCACUGAAUUACAUUGGCUGGUCGCUAACUUUGUUUUGAAGAU